UUAAUUCAUUAACGAAAAGUUUGUGGUGGAAGCAACACGAACAAAAAGGAAAUAGUAAAAAAGUUUAAGUGAUUUAAUUUAAAUAGAAAUAAGUUAAAAAUGAAAUACUUUAUAGUAUUGGCCUUGUGCCUUAGUGCUGUUGUGGCAGAAGAAUUACAUGAGAGAGGAGUUGAUUUUCAUACAUUACAUUACAGUCAACACCAUCAAACUUUAGAAGAGGCUAAGAAGAAGAUUUCUGAUGUUUUGGAUGGUCAACAUGCUGAAUACGAAGAAGUUGGAUCUUAUGGAGGUGUAGGUGGAGUAGGUGUUGGCACUGUGGGUUUCUCAUCAUCUGGUGUGUCAGGUGCUGAUAGCAAUGCUGGUUAUGGUUCCUCUGCUGGCUAUGGUGCCUCUGCUGGUUCCCAGUUUGGUGCCAGUCACAAUGCCAACUUUGCUUCCUCUUCAUCUUUUGGCAGCAAUGCUAACUUUGCUGCCAGUCACGGUAUGCAUGGUGUACACAGCUCUGGUGCUCAAGGAGGUUCCGCUGUUGUUAUUCCCGUUGCCGGUGGUGCUGGUUCAACUUCAUACAUGGAAAGCUCUGCAGCCGAAAAUGUUCAUCAUGCUGCUCCCGAAGUAGUUGUUAGCGGUGGUCUGGGCGGUCAUGAAAGUUUUGUGCGUCAUGAAGAACAUCGUAGCGAAAAUCAAGUUGCCACUCCUCUCGUCUACACUUCUCCCUCUAGUGGUUCGGAAAAAUACUAUCAUCAUGAAGAACGUCGUCUAUCCAAUGCUGCCCAUCCCGUUAUAUACACCGUACCCUCAACUGGCGGUUCUGAAAACUAUGUUCACCACGAAGAACGUCGUACACAAACUCAAACUUCUGCUCCUAUCAUUCAGUUUGCUCCUUCUACUGGCGGUUCUGAGAAAUAUGUUCGUCAUGAAGAACGCCGUGUUGAAAACCAAGCCGUUCCCGUUGUCCACUAUACUUCUCCCUCUGGUGGUUCCGAAAAUUACAUUCAUCAUGAAGAACGUCGUGUACAAAACCAAGCCGUUCCCGUCAUCCACUACCCUGCCCAUUCUGGUUCCGAAAAUUACAUUAAUCAUGAAGAACGUCGCGUACAAAACCAAGCUCCCGUCUUCCAAUAUACUCCCUCGGGUGGUUCAGAAAAGUAUGUGCACAUUAAGGAAGAACGUGUCCAACAAGCUCCCGUACAAAUGGUUGUCACCUCCCCAGCUGGUGGUCAAGAAUCCUACAUGAAAUACCGUAAAGUUACUACCACUGCCUCUCAACCUCAGAUGAUUGUACACACUGUUCCUUCCACCAGCUCUUAUGUUCAUCAAAGCACUGCUGGUUCCACUACUGGUUCUCAAUUGGGCUCUUUAGUUACUGGUGGUCUUACCUCUGGUGCUAACUCUAACUACAAGACUGGUUACUAUACAGCUCCUUCCGCCACUUACGGUUCCGCUGCUUUGACUGCUGGUAACACUAACUCUUUGUUCAACACUGCUGCUUCUCACCAAGCUGCUUCCAACUUCGGAGCUUCUCAUCAAGCUGCUUCUAACUUUGGUGCUUCUCAUCAAGCGGCUUCUAAAUUCGGUGCUUCUCACCAAGCUGCUUCCAACUUCGGUGCUGGUCACCAAGCUGGUUUCGGUGCCAACAGUGCUUUCACUGAUGCAUCUUCAUUCGGUACUCAAUUCGGUGCACAAUCUAAAUUCGGUUCUUCAUUCGGUGCCGAAUCCAAAUUUGGCUCUCAAUUCGGAGCUGAGUCUGCCUUCAAUGCUGGUUCCUUAUUGGGAACAGGCUCCUCUGGAUUACACACCCACAUUGACGAAUCUAAACGUUUAGCUCAAAUGCAAGCUCAAGGUAUGUCUGUUGGUGGCACUCGUGCUGGUGGCAGUCAAUUCAACGCUAACUUGGAAAGUGGUAAUGCUGCUGGCUUCGGAGGUUUUGGUGGUCUUUCUGGUGUCGGUGCUGGUGCCGGAAAUGCUGGUUACAAAACCAAAUCAUGGGAAAAAGCCUCCAAAUGGUCCAGCCAAUCUGAGUUCGGAUCCGAUGGUCAAGUGAAAAACUACAAGGAAUUGUCCACUGGCGAAAGUGAAAACUACGACAUCAAUGGUCGUCGUGCUGGCUACACAGCCGCCACCACCACACUUGAUGACAACGGCAAAGUAAGCAGCUACAGUCUCCACACAUAAAUCUAAUUACAUAGAUAUUUAAUUUUUUGUGUUGAAUUUUCAUGCGAGAUUCAUGUAAUUUAUAAGAUUAAAGAUUAUUUAUUUAAAAAUAAAUAAAAUUACGAAAUUAAUAAAAACAAA